UGCGUGUUCGUGUGAGGGAACCGGCAGUCUGAAGUGAGCCACUGAGGCAGGCUCCAACACUCCAACCCAAUGAGCUCACAGCCUUCACACACACACACACACACACACACUCUCUCUCUCACACACACUCGCCUCAACCCUGGGAGACAAGAGAAAAGAGCAGGAGAGAGUAGAGACAGAGUGUGGCAGAGAGAGGGAGAGUGAGGGAGUAAUAGUGGAGAGAGGGAGAGAGAGAGAGAGAGGCAGCGGGAGACUGGCGGGGUGUUAGAAGGAACACCAUGGUUUCAGAUCCGGGGCUGACCGUGAUGCUGCUGUGGACUAUAUCUCUACAGGCUCUGGGCACGGCGGGAUCCAAAAGCAAUGAAGUCAAUCUUCUGGACACCACAACAAUCUCAGGAGACUGGGGAUGGCUGACGUAUCCGUCACAUGGGUGGGACGCCAUUAAUGAGAUGGACGAGUACUUCAGUCCCAUUCACACAUACCAGGUCUGUAACGUGAUGAGUCCCAGCCAGAACAACUGGCUGAGGACCGUCUGGCUCCCUCGGGAUGGAGCCAGGAGAAUCUACAUCGAGGUCAAGUUCACCCUGAGAGACUGCAACAGCAUGCCAGGAGUACUGGGCACCUGCAAGGAAACCUUCAACAUGUUCUACUACGAGUCUGACAGACCGGUGGGCUCAACCAUACGGGAGAACCAGUUCAUAAAGAUUGACACCAUUGCUGCCGACGAGAGCUUCACUGGAGUGGACCUGGGAGUACGGCGGCUUAAACUCAACACCGAGGUGCGCGGCGUCGGCCCUCUCAACAAGCGAGGCUUCUACCUGGCGUUCCAGGACAUCGGCGCCUGCAUCGCACUAACCUCAGUGCGGGUGUACUACAAACGCUGUGUGGGUGUGAGCCGCAACCUGGCCGUGUUCACCGACGUGGUCACGGGCGCCGACUCUUCUUCUCUGGUGGAGGUCAGGGGUCAGUGUUUGGAUCACGCCGAAGAGCGAGACACACCCAAGAUGUACUGCAGCGCAGAGGGCGAGUGGCUGGUGCCCAUCGGCAGGUGUGUGUGCUCCGCCGGAUUUGAGGAGCACAGAGACUCCUGCGUGGCCUGUGAGGUGGGUUUCUAUAAGCCGGCGGCAGGCGAUGGCCUGUGUGGUAAAUGUCCCCAGCACAGCCACUCAGAAACCAGAGCUGCCCUCUCCUGCCCCUGCGACUCCAAUUACUACAGAGCGGCAGAUGACCCAACUGCAGCUCCAUGCUCCCGCCCUCCAUCUGCUCCAGUAAACGUCAUUUCCUCGGUCAAUGGGACAUCGGUGAACUUAGAAUGGGAUCGCCCUUUGGAUACCGGAGGUCGCGGCGACCUGCAGUACAGCAUUUUGUGUCAGAAAUGCUCUGGGGAAGGAGGGCCCUGCGAGGACUGCACAUCCUCUCCGGGAGGCACCGGUGGAGGCAAGGCGGGUGGAGGAGUGAGUAUCGGGGCAGGUGGAGGAGCGAUGGUGGAGCGUUCAGGCACUGCAGCGGUUCGAUUUAUACCUCGCCAGUCCGGGCUGACGGAGCCCUGGGUGACGGUCCUCAACCUUGUGGCCCACACCAACUACUCCUUCCGCAUCCUGGCUAUGAAUGCGGUGACGCACCUGAGUAAUGAGCCGUCACCGUAUGUGUUGGUCAACAUCACAACGAACCAGGCAGCCCCCUCUGAAGUGUUAGCCAUCCGCCAGGAGAACACCAGUCAGAACAGUGUGAUUCUGCUGUGGCAUGAGCCCGACCAGCCCAACGGAGUAAUUCUGGAGUACGACAUUAAGUUCUAUGAGAAGGAUAAUGAAGAGCAGAGUUACUCCACUCUCAAGUCUAAAAAUACCAGUGCCCGAGUGUCAGGGCUGAAGCCGGGCACCAAGUACAUCUUCCAGGUCCGAGCCAGAACGUCAGCAGGCUGUGGACGAUUCAGCCAGAAUGUGGAGAUUCAGACCGGGAAAGCAGCUCCUCUGCGCUACAACACCAUGACCAUCAUAUGGAUUUGCAUGGCCCUGGUGUCCGGCCUGGUCGCUUUCCUGGCCAUCAUCAUCUGCAGGAAACGGCAAGGCUACACUUUACCACACUACCCAUCGCUGCUACACUGUGGCUACAGCAAAGCUUUCCAGGACUCUGACGAGGAGAAGAUGCAUUAUCAGAACGGUCAUGUGUCAUUCCCUGAUGCAAGGUUCUAUAUCGACCCACACACAUACGAGGACCCCUGCCAGGCGGUGCACGAGUUUGCCCGAGAAAUUGAAGCUUCCAGGAUCAAAAUAGAGAAAAUCAUUGGUUCAGGAGAAUUUGGGGAGGUGUGUUAUGGCCGAAUGAGGCUCCCAGGGAAAAGAGACAUUCCAGUGGCCCUGAAGACUCUGAAGGCGGGAUACACGGAGAAGCAGAAGAGGGACUUCCUGGCUGAGGCAUCCAUCAUGGCUCAGUUUGAUCACCCCAACGUCAUCCGCCUGGAAGGAGUGGUAACCCAGAGCAAACCAGUGAUGAUCAUCACCGAGUACAUGGAGAAUGGCUCGCUGGACUCCUUCCUCAGGAGACACGAUGGCCAGUUUACUAUCAUCCAGCUGGUUGGGUUGCUGCGUGGCAUCGCAGCAGGUAUGACCUACCUGUCUGACCUGGGCUACAUCCACAGAGACCUUGCUGCCCGCAACAUUCUGGUCAACAGCAACCUGGUGUGUAAAGUUUCGGACUUCGGCCUUUCCCGAGUGCUGGAGGACGACCCUGAUGCCGCAUACACCACCAGUGUGAGUUUUCACAUUGAGGGUGGGAAGAUCCCAAUCCGCUGGACGGCCCCAGAAGCAAUUACCUACAGGAAGUUCUCCUCUUCCAGUGACGUAUGGAGCUACGGUGUGGUCAUGUGGGAGGUGAUGUCCUACGGGGAGCGACCGUACUGGAACCUCACCAACAGAGACGUGAUCAAAUCUGUGGAGGAGGGCUAUAGGCUGCCUGCACCUAUGGGCUGCCCUGGUGCUCUACACACACUCAUGCUGGAUUGCUGGCAGAAGGAUCGCAACGAGAGGCCGCGCUUUUGCCAGAUAGUCACUGUUCUCGACAAGCUGAUCCGCAACCCAGAAAACCUGAAGUCCAUGGAAACGCUCUGCAGUUUAAAGAGUCCUCCGCUGAUGGAGAGAGCCAUCCCUGACUUCAGUAGCUGUAACUCAGUAGACGAGUGGCUGGACACCAUUAAGAUGAGCCGCUACAAGGAUCACUUUGCUGCAGGGGGUUACCACACUCUGGGACACGUCAUAAGCAUGAACCAAGGGGACAUCCAGAGGCUCGGUGUGACGCUGAUGGGCCACCAGAAGAAGAUCAUGACCAGCGUCCAGCUGAUGAGGGUGCAGGUCCUCAACAAGAGCGUGCCGUCUGUGCACGUAUAACUCCGACCUCUGAGGUGUUCUUCCUCAAAUCUAGAAAGCCAGGCUUCUAUUUAAGUCUAGCCGGACUCCAUGGGAAACAAAAUGAUUGGAUAAAAGGGAAAAGAAGAUGUUCGGGAACUUUGCAAGACUAUUUAAAGUUUAUUUCCUCAAGAGAUUAAGGAACGCAACAAGAAAAGGAUUGAAGUAUGGAGCAAGUAAACAUGACUUCUUAAGGACAUGGGUGACAUUUUUUUUCCCCCUUAUCUGAUUACAUUUUCUGAAUUUAAAUGUCUUGUUUAUAAAAGGAAAGACUGCCUUAAUUAUCACAGGUUAUUUUAAAAUGUUUGCCUACAAGAUAAUUUAUCAAUCGUGAAUUUAUGAGAGUAAUAUGAUUUUCGGAAACUGGGCAACUGCAAGAGAAUAUGAUGGUGUGACGUACAGGGUGGGGAUGAGGGAUGGGUGUACUGACAACACUCUGCCACCUCUCCUGUCGUGACAGCUUGAGGAGAGGGAGACUCAGAAUUAAGCUCGAGUCAAACAUCAAAAGAAAAAAAGGAGAAAAGUGAGAUAGGGCUCACCCGGUUCACCCGACCGUUUCUGCUGUGGAGAAGACCUAUAUCACCACAGGCUAUUAAUACCAUCAACAGGCACAUUUCUCCAAGGUCCAGCCUUGAUGAAUGACCCCAGGAGAGCCCUGGAACCCUCUGCCCCGUCUGCGGCUGCACGGCGCUCAACUGCUGUACCAGGAAAAAAAUGUAUAUAAUUCAGUUACAGUGCACUUUAUUCUACAAUCUCUCUUUGUUGUGGCGGCUUUGCAGUUGUGUCACAAACUAGAACAAAAGUUAGAUGUUGGGAGAAAAAAACACAUCAUAUCAAAUUCCUACAAAUUGAAAAAAAAAAAGAAAAACACCAAGAGGAAAAAGAGAUGAAUGAAAUUCAGUCGUGUUGUAAGUAACUCGGUCCAUACCAAUGUCCUUCACUGUAACAGUGACCUCAAAGGAAAAUGUAUUUGAAUUAGAUGUGUUUAGAUAUGCAUACGAAAUAAUUUGGGCCGUUUCAAACACUAUCAUAAAAAAUGUAUCUGGUGCAUUUGUACACUUGUGUUCGGGGGGGGGGGGGGGGGGGGCUGAUUAUUACGCGCUCUUAUUUUAAAUGUAUUCCAGAUUUGCUCUAAUUUAUAAUACAUUUCAUACGGUAUAUUUCAAAUGCAUUUCAAUUUACACUCCAACUCAGUUCCAACUUUGAGUGUUGAAAAUGUGUUCUUUUUUUUAGCUACCCCUCACUCAUUAGCACUAAUGGUUACAAUGAAGAAUAUGAGGUGAGCUGUUAAACCCUUUUUUGAAAUGAUUUUGUUCUUACAUAUCAGAUAUAUUGUAAUAGACAAAAUAAAUAUAUUGUCUAAUAUAUAAGAAUAUUAUGUUAUCAAAGCCUGUCAGGCUUAAUCAGCUUCAGAAAAAGAAAUACAUUUUGCAAUGAAUUCUGAAAUGAAUAUCAAAUACUGUAUAAAAUUGUCAUUUCUGAAUCUCAAGUUUUGUUAUCAUAGUUUAGUCAUCAGCAAGUAGCUUUUACUAACUGAUAUAUUGAUUUGGCAGUUGAUUUAUAAAAUGAGGCUAAAGCACAGGAUGGCGCGGCGAUGGAAAUGCAGCGAGAUGACGCAGAGGAGAAGAAGAACCAGGUUCUUUGGCCAAAGUCCUUUCUCCAGGGCAAAAUGACCAAACUAGCUGUACAAACUGGUUAUGUCAGCCAUCACUGUUAUUAUCCUGGUGGUGCAGUUUGCCGUGGACACCUUCUGGAUCCAGAAUCUGCCCUGGGACAAGGACUGCACCCCCAUUUACAUUCAGUUCUUGAAUUGAAAUUAGUCACAGGUUUUUGAAAAAAAUAUAAAAAUAUUGAUAAAGAUUUGAAAAAAAAAAAUUGCUAAAUUCUGUUUUGACAUAAAGCAGAAUCUAUUGACAGUGAUUGUUAAAGUCUUCCACCAAGUGAACAGUGUUGGCUAAAGCCUCGAAUAACUCAAUAAGCCCUUUAUAUCACAAUUUAGCCUAAAGCAGCCCACAACUGCCACUCCUGGAGAAGUAUGAAGAAUAUUUUACCCCCAAAUGUUAAUCCUUAAAUUCCCUUAAACAUUAAUCCCAAUAUUAAUAUGAUGUGCAUUGUUUUAGCCCUCUACCAAAAUAGACAUAAUUAAGGCAGUGGCCCCAAGGUAGUGUUUCAGCAUCUGCAUAAUAUUUUUUUGCUGGGAGGGGUUUGUUACACCUGAAAGCUCUGUUACUCUCUGGGCAAUCAUGAACAAAAUGCUCCACAAGCUUAUUAUUAUUAUUAUUAUUAUUUGGAAGUUUUUUUCUUGCAAUCCAGAGUUCAUAUUUGAACACAUUUUUUACUGUGAAUGCUGGAAAUACAGUGCACAUAAGCUACACAGACUGUAAAAUAAAGUGUAACUUCUGAUGCAAUGUGACACUGUUUGCCUCAUUGUUGAUGAAGAAGGUCAAGAUGAACAUGUAAGUUGAAUGUUAAUAUCUAAAGGCUCACUGAAAUACAUACUCAGCCCUGAUUUCUACCCCACUCCUGUGCCAUCGAGAGAAUGUCUUUUCUUGUGCACCUCGGUAGGUUUUUGCUCUAGAUGGUUGAUGUCAGUUUUUAUUAGACAGGAACCUCAUAUUUCUUAUGUAUUAUAGUGACAUUUCACGAUUGCUUUCAAUUUUUGUUUUCUUAGGGUGAUUUUGAAGACACUGGACUUGAACUGGAAAAAAAACCCAACAUAUUUUAUAAAGUUAGGAUAUGCUUUUGCUAGAUGUAUUGAUUUAUAAUAUAUACAGCAAGUUCAGUCACUGGGAGGAAGAAGAAGAAGAAAAAACAAAACUACACCAAACGGAUUUAUUCACUCUUCAUUGUUUAUUCAUGUUUAUUUAUUUUCCAAAUAAUACAACUCUGAGAGGGUUUUAUUACAGUUGAUGCAUCAUCCUUGUUGCUAUGAUAAAUCAUCAAUGUGCAAACUGUCCAUAAAUACACAAUAAAGGAACGUUUGUGUGUGACUGCAA